CUCUGAGCGGCUGUGUUUGCUGAUCAGAGUCUUGGGAUCUGGCAGCCAAGCCCUGAGGAGGACGUGAAGUUCAAACAGAGAUAGGGAGCGACCCGUGGACACACAUGGAAAGGCAUUUCCUGGGAGGCACCUGCCCCUUGUGAUGGAGCAGACUUCUGCCUCCUGAUAUCCACUCCCCUGGGCUGCUGCAUUCUAGGAAGAAGCUCCCCUCUUUCCCAGACUAGUGUUGGACGCUGUGCCUUGUUCUUCUCUGACCUGUCUUGGGUCCAAGAAGUUAGUGAACGCGAGUGCGUCUGGGCACUGGUGGGAACCCCUGCUAGUCAAGAAAGGGGAUGUUUGGGCUCAAGUUGAAGAAGAAGAAGAAGAAAGCAGAGACAGGGCUAAUCCUAGCCAAUAAGGCUGCCCAAGAUGGCCAGAGUGAAGCUGAGGCACCACAGGAGGGGCCUUCUCAGCAGGAAGGUCCGGGAGGAGAUUCGAUUAAUGAUCAGGAACCUGUCAUUCCUAUUCCUGCAGCUCCUCCAAAGAGAAGAUCAAAACUGUUGGCUAAGAUCCAUGAUGGGGAGGUCAGGUCCCAAAAUUAUCAAAUUGCCAUCACCAUCACUGAGGCCCGCCAGCUGGUGGGUGAGAACAUUGAUCCAGUUGUGAUCAUUGAAGUGGGGGAAGAGAAGAAACAAAGCACAGUGAAAGAAGGAACCAACAGUCCAUUUUACAAUGAAUACUUUGUCUUUGAUUUCAUUGGACCCCAACUGCAUCUUUUUGACAAGAUCAUCAAAAUCUCAGUCUUUCACCACAAGCUGAUAGGCAGCAUACUGAUCGGCUCCUUCAAAGUAGACCUGGGGACUGUGUACAACCAGCCUGGUCAUCAGUUCUGUGACAAGUGGGCCCUACUCACAGACCCUGGUGACAUCAGGACUGGCACGAAGGGGUACCUGAAGUGUGACAUCAGCGUGACUGGGAAAGGCGACAUCUUGAAGACCAACCCCAAAACUCCCGAUGCUGAGGAACAAAUAGAAAAGAACCUUUUGAUCCCUCAAGGGUUUCCAUCAGAGAGACCCUGGGCCAGAUUCUACGUUAGACUGUACAAAGCAGAGGGGUUGCCCAAAAUGAACUCCAGCAUCAUGGCAAAUGUCACAAAAGCAUUUGUGGGUGACAACAAGGACCUCGUGGACCCCUUCGUGGAGGUUUCCUUUGCUGGGCAGGUGGGGCGAACCACAGUGCAGAAGAAUUGUGCUGAUCCUGUGUGGCAUGAACAGGUGGUCUUCAAGGAAAUGUUUCCUCCUUUGUGUCGGAGGGUGAAAAUCCAGGUGUGGGAUGAAGGCAGCAUGAAUGAUGUAGCUCUGGCCACCCAUUUCAUCGACCUGAAGAAAAUCUCCAAUGAACAGGAUGGAGACAAAGGCUUUCUACCAACCUUCGGACCUGCCUGGAUUAACCUGUACGGUUCACCCAGGAACCACAGUCUGAUGGAUGACUACCAGGAACUGAAUGAAGGCUUUGGAGAAGGCGUGUCAUUCAGGGGCAGAAUCCUGGUGGAAAUUGCUGUGGAGAUCCUCUCUGGAGGGUCGCAGGAAUCUAAGUUUUCCAAGGCACUCAAGGAGCUCAAAUUGUCUUCAAAGGACAAAGAUUCCAAAUCUUCCAAAAGCUCCAGUAAAGACAAGGGUGACAAAACUGAUGACGGAAAAUCCCAGCAGGUUUCAGAUAAGACCAACUCAACAGAGGUAGAGGUGGAACCUUUCGAUGUGCCCCCCCAGAUUACACCAGAAAAAUGUGAGGAAUUUUUACUUUUUGGAGCAUUUUUUGAAGCUACCAUGAUUGACCGGAAGAUUGGAGACAAACCCAUUAGCUUUGAAGUUUCUAUUGGUAAUUUUGGGAACCUGCUUGAUGGAGGGUCCCAUCAUGGGAAUAAGAAGAAGUCAGCUGAAUCAGCUGAAGAAGACAGCCUUCCACUCCUGCACGAAGGAGAAGGGGACGCAGCCCACAAUGUUGCCUUCCCCAUGGUCUCCACCACUCACCCAGAGAAGCCACUUGUGACAGAAGGGAACAGGAAUUACAACUAUUUGCCUUUUGAGGCCAAGAAGCCCUGUGUUUAUUUCAUCAGUUCUUGGGGAGACCAGACAUUCAGGCUGCACUGGUCCAACAUGCUGGAGAAAAUGGCAGACCUGCUGGAAGAAAGUAUAGAAGAAGUGAGAGAAUUGAUCAAGAUUUCAGAGAAAGCAUCAGAAGAUAAAAUGAAGGCGGUGCUCAGUGACUUCAUCAGUCAAAGCAGUACCUUUAUCUCUGAAGCAGAGAAGAAACCCAAGAUGUUGAACCAGACCACUUUAGAUAAAAAACGACUUACGCUCUGCUGGCAGGAGCUGGAAGCAAUGGCCAAGGAGGCCAAGGGGAUCAUUCAGCAACAGAAGAAAAAGUUAUCUCUUGAUGAAAUGAUCCAUGAAGCAGAAAACUUGGUGGAAAAACUCCGCUUCCUUGUCGAUGAGCCACAGCACACCAUCCCCGAUGUCUUCAUCUGGAUGCUUAGCAACAACAAGAAAGUGGCAUAUGCCCGCAUCCCCUCCAAAGACCUGCUCUAUUCCCCCAACAGGGAGCAGAUGGGAAAACACUGUGGGAAGAUCAAAACUCAUUUCCUCAAACUUCCUGGAAAACGGCCGGCUGGUUGGACGGUGCAAGCAAAGGUCGAUGUGUACCUGUGGCUCGGCUCCACCCAACACUCCAGUGCCAUGUUGGACAACUUGCCAGAAGGCUAUGAAGCAGAAACGUCCUCCAAAGUGGCUGGCCCUGAUCAACCCCCAGCCAACCUGCUCUACCAAGCCCGGCAUGUCUUUCAGCUGAGAGCUCACAUGUACCAAGCCCGGGGCCUCAUCGCAGCCGACAGCAAUGGACUCUCAGACCCCUUUGCCAAGGUCACGUUCCUUUCCCACUGCCAGACCACAAAGGUCAUUUCCCAGACCCUGUCACCCACCUGGAACCAGAUGCUGCUGUUCAACAACCUGGUGCUGCACGGAGACCAGAAAGAACUGGCAGAGUCCCCACCUUCGGUGGUGGUGGAGCUCUACGACAGUGACGCGGUGGGGAAGCCAGAAUAUUUGGGUGCCACCGUGGUUGCUCCUGUUGUACAUCUGGCUGACCAGGACUAUGAGCCACCCAGGCUCUCCUAUCACCCCAUCUUUUGUGGGAGCCUCUCCGGAGGGGACCUCCUUGCUGUGUUCGAACUGCUACAGGUCCCUUCGUCUGGGCUGCAAGGGCUCCCUCCCAUUGACCCACCAGAUGUCGCUCAGAUCUACCCAGUUCCUGCCAACAUUCGGCCAGUGCUGAGUAAAUACCGAGUAGAGGUCCUCUUCUGGGGAGUUCGAGAAAUGAAGAAGGUGCAGCUACUCUCUGUGGAUCGCCCUCAGGUCCUCAUCGAGUGUGGAGGACGAGGAGUCAAGUCUUGUGUGAUCCAGAGCUACAAGAACAACCCGAACUUCAGUGUCCAGGCAGAUGCUUUUGAAGUGGAGCUGCCUGAGAAUGAGCUUCUGCACCCGCCCCUGAGCAUCUGUGUGGUGGACUGGCGAGCUUUCGGGAGGAGCACCCUGGUGGGCACCUAUACCAUCAACUGCUUGAAGCAGUUUUUGUGCAAAUCCAAGGAGCCCCUGGUCCUCACCUGCCAGGUGGUUGGAACCCAAGUCGAGCAGGAUUUGCCAAUAGCCACCGAGCCCUCUGGAUCCCUUGGCUCCUCCCAGGAACCACCAACAGAUCACAUCUAUGUGGAUGUUGAGCCACCUCCCACAGUGGUACCUGACUCUUCCCAGACUCAACUAAGCAGCGUAGUUGAGAUCCCUGACUCAUCUCCUAUGCUUGAGCCUGAAGCCAAACCUGUAGCCCAGGAGCCACCCAAAGAUGGUAAAGCUAAGGAUGCCAGGAAACCUACUCGAAGGUCGACCAAAAGGAGAAAGAGGACCAUAGCGGAUGAAUCUGCUGAAAACGUCAUUGACUGGUGGUCCAAAUAUUAUGCCUCCGUGAAGAAAGCACAGAAGGAAAAGGAGAGCAAUCCCAAGGAGAAAAGAGGCAAUGCAGAGGUGAAACCAGAUGAGGUGGUGGUAAAUAUAGAUGGGCCAAAGAAGAAGGACAAGAUGCUCAAGAAGAAAUCCAAAGAAGAUGAAAUCCCCAACCUGGCUACCUUGCAGAUAUAUGAUGGUGAUCUUGAGAGUGAAUUCAACAAUUUUGAAGACUGGGUGAAAACCUUUGAGCUUCUCAGAGGCAAGUCUACAGAGGAUGGCCAUGGCCUCGAUGGGGACCGCGUCAUAGGGAAGUUUAAGGGCUCCUUCUGCAUCUACAAGAGCCCCACGGAUUCCAGCAUUGAGGACAGUGGGCAGCUGAGAAUCCAGCAAGGGGUUCCACCCAACCACCCCGUCAAAGUCCUGAUCAGGGUGUACAUUGUUGCGGCGUUUAAUCUCAGCCCCACUGAUCCGGAUGGCAAAGCGGACCCCUACAUUGUGGUCAGGCUUGGACAAACGGAAAUCAAAGACCGGGACAAAUAUAUCCCCAAACAACUGAACCCAGUAUUUGGAAGGUCAUUUGAGAUCCAGGCCACAUUCCCAAAGGACUCUCUGCUCUCCAUCCUGAUCUACGACCAUGACCUGAUCGGGACAGAUGACCUCAUUGGGGAGACCAGGAUUGACCUGGAGAACCGUUUUUAUAGCAGACACCGAGCCAUCUGUGGCUUGCAGAGCCAGUAUGAGAUAGAAGGAUACAACGCCUGGAGAGACACAUCCAAACCCACUGAAAUCCUCACAAAGCUCUGCAAAGACAACAAGCUGGAUGGACCCUACUUUCAUCCUGGGAAAAUAGAGAUAGGAAAUCAGGUCUUUUCUGGAAAAACGGUCUUUACGGAGGAGGACACUGAUGAGACGGUGGAGUCUUAUGAGCACCUGGCCCUCAGGGUUUUACACUCGUGGGGGGAUAUACCAGAGGUUGGGUGUAAGCUGGUUCCUGAGCACAUAGAAACUCGGCCGCUGUACCACAAGAAUAAGCCAGGAAUGGAGCAGGGCCGCCUGCAGAUGUGGGUGGACAUGUUUCCCAAAGACAUGCCUCCACCCGGACCUCCUGUUGACAUAUCACCAAGGCAGCCAAAAGGGUAUGAAUUGAGAGUGACUAUCUGGAACACUGAAGAUGUCAUUUUAGAGGAUGAGAAUAUCUUCACAGGACAAAAAUCAAGUGAUAUUUAUGUUAAAGGGUGGCUAAAGGGUCUGGAGGAUGACAAGCAGGAGACCGAUGUGCAUUACAACUCCCUGACGGGCGAGGGGAACUUCAACUGGCGCUUCCUGUUUCCAUUUCAGUAUCUCCCAGCUGAGAAGCAAAUGGUCAUUACCAAGAGGGAGAACAUCUUUUCCUUAGAGAAGAUGGAGUGUAAGACACCAGUUGUGUUGGUGCUCCAGGUUUGGGAUUUUGAAAGGCUGUCCUCAGAUGACUUUCUGGGCUCCCUGGAAAUGAACCUCAAUAGUUUCCCCCGAGCAGCCAAGUCAGCCAAGGCCUGCGAUCUCACCAAGUUUGAAAAUGCGAGCGAGGACAGCAAGAUCUCCAUAUUCCAGCAAAAGCGUGUGCGGGGCUGGUGGCCUUUUGCUAAAAGCAAGGAGCUCACAGGCAAGGUGGAAGCCGAGUUCCACUUAGUGACAGCAGAGGAAGCGGAGAAAAAUCCUGUCGGAAAAGCCCGGAAGGAGCCAGAACCCCUGGCCAAGCCCAACCGCCCAGACACCUCCUUCUCCUGGUUUGUGAGCCCCUUCAAGUGCUUGUACCACCUCAUCUGGAAGAACUACAAAAAGUACAUUAUCAUCGGUUUCAUUCUGAUCAUCCUCAUCAUCUUCCUGGUCCUCUUCAUCUACACCUUGCCUGGAGCCAUCAGCAAUAAGAUCGUUGGGGGCCCCUAGAGAAUCAUGGAGGAUUGGGCACCUCUCAUUCCACUAAUCAUCUCUUCUUCCUCAUAUCUAAUAUGUAAGAGCAUGUGCUCUGUGCAGGCACUGAGCUGGUGCUAGGAGGAUGAACUCAAAGGGUCCAAGAACCAUUCCUUAUAUCUAUCUAAAGACAGAUCAGCUCUUUUUGGAGGAAAUGGGAAAGGAGCCUCCCCUACCUGCUCCAACCCUGGCCACGACCUUCCAAACUCACGAGCCUGAAGCCAUGUUUUUGCCCAAGAAUGGCAUGAAAUGAUGACUCCUUUGCCUCAGAGUAAUCAACAGUGACCUCAAAUUGACUUAAGCGAAUGUUUUCUUUAUGUAAUUGGUUUUAUUCUGAGAGGUCUAAUUCUGGGUCUGAGACUUAUUGGGAGCACUUUCUUUUAAAUAAAAUUUUUACAGCAAACAA